UUAGCACCCAUCUUUUUCAUUUCCAAAAUUUUAUAAUUUAAAUUUACAAUGGAACAAAUUCCAAAAAGUGAAACCAUCGCUCUUAGAAAUAAACUCAUUGGCCCAUCCUGCCAACUUUUCUUCAAAAAAGACCCUCUAAAAAUUGUUAGAGGACAAGGACAAUAUUUAUACGACGAGAAAGACAAUGCUUAUCUUGACUGUAUCAACAAUGUCGCUCACGUUGGUCAUUGCCAUCCAGCAGUGGUAAAAGCAGGCAGCGAGCAAAUGUCAAUACUAAACACCAACAAUAGGUUUCUUCACGAUAAUAUUGUACUUUGCGCUGAAAGAAUCGUUAGCACCCUUCCCGAAAAUCUGGAAGUUUGUUUUUUCGUCAACUCAGGCUCAGAAGCCAACGAUUUAGCUCUGAGAUUAGCUCAAAUACACACUGGGAGAAAAGACGUCAUAACUUUAGAGCAUGCUUACCAUGGCCAUUUGACCUCACUGAUUGAUAUUUCUCACUACAAAUUCAAUCUUCCUGGAGGCGUUGGACAAAAGGAACAUGUUUACUUGGCCCCAUGCCCAGACAGUUAUAGAGGCAAAUAUCGCGAUGACGAAUACGCAGCCGAAGAAAUUGGAAGUUUAUAUGCUGAUGACAUAAGAGAACUAUGUGAAGAUUCCGAAAAAUUAGGAAACGGAGUAUCUGCCUUCAUCGCUGAAAGUCUUUUGAGUUGUGGGGGACAAGUAAUCCCACCGACGAACUAUUUUUCGGAAGUCUACGACCACGUAAGAAAAGCUGGGGGAGUUUGCAUUGCUGAUGAGGUCCAAGUAGGAUUUGGUAGAGUUGGCAAACACUGGUGGGCAUUCCAACAUUACGAUGUUAAACCUGAUAUAGUCACUAUGGGCAAGCCCAUGGGUAAUGGACACCCAGUUGCCUGUGUAGUCACCACAAGAGCCAUUGCUGAAAGCUUUUUUAAUACUGGAGUAGAAUAUUUUAACACUUAUGGUGGUAACCCAGUAUCUUGCGCCAUUGCCAACGCAGUAUUUGAUACUAUAGAAAAAGACAAUCUAAUGGAACGAGCUAGUGUUGUUGGUAAAUACUUGUUCGACAGUUGCCAAGCUUUGGCAAGUAAGCAUAAAUUUAUUGGUGAAGUUAGAGGACUUGGGUUAUUUGUUGGCAUCGAUUUGGUUAAAGAUCGUGAUUCUAGAGAGGCUUAUACUGAAUGUGCUAAGACUGUAGUCCAAAGGAUGCGCGAAGAACAUAUUUUAGUAAGCUCAGAUGGUCCAGAAUGCAACGUCAUCAAAUUCAAGCCUCCCAUGGUUUUCACCAAAGAAAACGUUGAUAAGGCUGUUUCAGUCUUAGACAGGGUUCUAACUGAAGUCAGACACAAAGAAAAACUCGAUGCCAAAAUCAAAAGUUUGCAAAACCUUGUUCCCUCUAUUCUAGCAGAUCAUCCCACCAAAGGCCAAAGUCCCGUUGUUAGGCCUAGCUAUAAGGAAAAUAUUAAGUCUAUAUAAAUUUCUGGAUAGAACUCUAAGAUUAUUUAUUUUGUACAAAGUUUUAGGUUUUAAACAUAGUAUUAUUUCUCUAAAUAAUUUUUUAAUUUACCUAUAUUAAGUAAAAUCGACUAGUUAUUAGAUUUUUAUAUCUGCAUGUAUCUACAUAGGUGCUAGAAUCAAUUUAAUAUUGAGAAAAAAUAAAUAAAAAUAGUUAUGCUUA